AUGACCCAGAAACGCAUCUACUUUGGCCGUUUCAUCUCCACGCCCAAGCCUGAUGAGCUGCUGAUACGCACGGGCGCCGUGCUGGUGGACCGCAAAGACGGCCGGGGCGUCAUCGAAAAGGCCGACUGGACAGUCAAUGGACCCAACGAUGCUAUCAGCAAGUUCGCGGUCGAGGCACCCGUCGUGACGGCGGCUGAGAAUGGAUUCUUUUUUCCUGGAUUUAUUGAUACCCAUAUACACGCGUCACAAUACCCCAAUGCCGGGAUAUUCGGCAAGUCGACACUGCUGGACUGGCUCACCACAUACACCUUCCCUCUAGAGUCGUCCCUGGGCUCUGACAAAUCUCCCAUGUACAAGGACUCCAUCGAGCCGCCGGAUCCGCUCGCUCGCGCCAAAGCCGUUUACAACAGGGUGGUGUCCAAGACCCUCUCGCUCGGCACGACUACGGCGUCAUACUACGCCACCAUCCACGUCGAAGCGACGAAUCUCCUGGCCGACAUCACGUUCAAAAAGGGCCAGCGGGCGUACAUUGGCCGCGUGUGCAUGGACCGCCCCGAGGCGUGUCCGGAUUACUAUCGCGAUGAGAGCACCGAGCAGACCAUCGCCAACACCAAAGCCAGCAUCGAGUACUGCCGGUCCCUGGACCCCUCGGGCGAGCUGGUCGCCCACAUCAUCACGCCGCGAUUCGCGCCCAGCUGUCUCCCCGAAACGCUCUCCCAACUCGGCGCCCUGGCCAAGGACGAGGACCUCCGCGUGCAGACGCACAUCUCGGAGAACCUGAACGAGGUCAAAUGGGUCAAGGAGCUGUUCCCCGAGCAGUCGAGUUACGCGGGCGUGUACGAUCACCACGGGCUGCUGACGCCGCGCACGAUCCUCGCCCAUGCCGUCCAUCUCAGCCAGGAAGAGAUGCAGCUCAUCCGACAGCGGAAAACCAAAGUCAGCCACUGCCCCGCCAGCAACAGCGCCCUGGGGAGCGGAUUCUGCCAGGUGCGGACGCUGUUGGAGGAAGGCGUCGAGGUGGGCCUAGGCACGGACGUCAGCGGCGGGUACAGCCCCAGCAUCCUGGACGCGGUGCGCAACGCGUGCAUCAUGAGCCGGCACGUCGGCUUCCUGAACGGCGGCGACAGCAAGUUCAACCUCAGCGUGGCCGAGGGCCUGUGGCUGGCCACCGUGGGCGGCGCAAAGGUGGUCGGCAUGCAGGGCCGGUUGGGCGGCUUCGACGAGGGCAUGCUGUGGGACGUGCAGGAGAUUGUGAUGGCAGACGUCGACGCCAGUGGCGCCGCCGCGGGCGCGGAUCCGGAUACCGGGGUGGACAUCUUCGGCUGGGAAUCGUGGCAGGACCGCGUCGCCAAGUGGGUGUGGAAUGGCGACGAACGGAACGUCAAACGGGUCUGGGUCGGGGGGAGGCUGGUGCACGAGAGGCGGUGA